AUGUUACUUAUUAUUCUUAUCAUCAUUAAUGUUUUACCAAUAGAUUCUAUCUAUCAAUCAUAUAUGAAAUUAACUUCUACAGGAUUAGAAUAUACCCCAAACAAUACUAUUCAGUUAUUAGCAACGGAAAUAAUUCAAACUAAAAUUCUCUGUUCAGAAGCAUGUAAUCAACUAUCAUCUUGUCGUAUAUUCGAUUAUGAUUUGAUUUCAAAACGAUGUCGUCUAUUUGAAGGUGAUUCUACAACAGGAUCAAUUAUUUCAUCAUCUUCAUCAACAUCUAUUGUUGGUAUUGUUCAAAUUUUCUCAACUCUCUAUUCAUCAAUUCAUAAUCAAUCUUGUCAAGCAUGUCAAGAAAAUCGAUAUGAAAUUUGUUUUACAAAUAUCAAUAAAUGUCAAUGUCCAGCAAAUACAUAUUGGAAUGGAUCUGUUUGUGCAUUACAAUUAUUUGAAAAUGAUACAUGCACACAACGAGAUGCAUGUCGAUCAAAUUUGAAUCUUACUUGUACAACAGAUUGCUAUGGAGCGUGGUCAAAAUGUUUACCAAUAGUUUUUGACUACACAACGCUUGUGCCAAUGUCUUUUGGUGUAACAGUAGCUGGUGGGUGUAACGGCAGUUUUAGUACAAAUCAAACAACAUUAAACGGUCCAACAGGCAUCCUAUUAGAUUAUAAUAACACAUUAUAUGUUGGAGAUAGUACUAACCAACUUUUUAUGUUCAAUCCCAAUAAUCGUACAGGUCACGCACUUAGAAAUUUUAGCAGCUGGACUGGAUAUCUCUCUCUUGACAAUAGAACUUCAAAUAUUUAUAUUACUAUCAUGUAUGCUCAUCUUGCAUACAUAUGGCCAACGAAUAAAACUAUUCCACCGAGUGGCAUCUCCUACAAUAACUGUUCAAUGUAUUGGUUAUACUUUCCGACAGGAAUCGUUGUUGAUAGUGUAGGUAAUGUUUAUAUUGCCAGUUCUGCUUGCAAUUGGGUAACUAAAUGGGUGCCAAAUGCUAUUAGUGGUACAGUUAUAGCUGGAUUACCAUCAGAUGCACCGGGUAAUGAUAGUCUAUCGUUGCGUAUACCUUAUGCUCUUGCUUUGGAUGAAUCUAAUUCAUAUAUAUAUGUGGCCGAUCGCUAUAAUCAUCGUAUACAACGAUUUGUUUUGGGUGGUUUAGGCGUUGGAGUAACGGUUGCUGGUGGAAAUGGUCCAGGUUUGGCUAGUAAUCAGCUAUAUCGUCCAACGGAUAUAUAUGUUUCAAGAUUGGAUGGUUCAAUUUACAUUGCUGAUAGUUACAAUAAUAGAAUUCAAAAAUGGCAAAAGAAUGCAACAUUUGGUGUUACUGUUGCAGGAAGUUCAAUUGGAACAUCAGGUCGCACACCAUACUUAAUGAGUAUAACCUAUGGUUUAGCAAUUGAUUAUGAAGAAAACUAUUUGUAUGUAUCGGACAUUAGUAAUAAUCGCAUUCAACGCUUUUCGCUUCAUUAA